CUGCAACUCCUUUGGUCCGUUGCUGAUGGCCCCGGUUGCUGGAAAGCUGGCUGGCCUUGCUACACGUUCCAGUGCAAGAUUGGUUCGACAUGGCAACAGUUGUUUACAUAAGCACAUGGCUUGCUCAUCGAAUGCUGCACCAGGAUCCGAAGAGACUGGCCGAUUGACCAUCACCUCUCGAAAGGUUGUUGGAAUCGGCCCACAAAGAUCUUUGGACCUUGCAGGAGCUUUCCUCCAAGAUGUUCAUUUGCGCUGCCCAAACUCGGUGCAGCUGACCCUAGAAGUCAUCGGCAGCGCUCCUUUGAGCUCUGUGAUGAACGCCUUAGCGUUUUGCAACAGGUCCCUGGGUGAAACCGCCUGGCGACUGGCCUUUGUGCCUUUGGUACGCGUUUUUGUUUACCGAGAGCCCGAGAAGAUGGUUUCGCACCUGCGUCGUUCGCUGCGGAUACAGCUGCGUGCUGUUCCUCUACAUGCAGUGGAAGCAGCCAAAGAAAGACGAGAUGCUGGAGUCAUAGAUGUAGUCAGGGUUAGAGCCGACACCGAUUUGAGACGCCUCAGCGGUCUUGUGAAUUCACGCUUUCGGUUGGCAGCCCUUGGAUUGGAAGAGCCUAUUGUCAUGGAAUCCAUGGGACGAAAAGCCAUCGAGAAGAUGGUGAAAGCCUUGGCUGCUGCGUGGCAACGCAGCGCUCGAGAGCACGAAACUGAACUCCCGGAAUGUGCUUUCCAUUGCUAUGUAGAGCACCAACUAGUGCCAAGCCCCAGCUUGGAGCUGUACAGUGGAGUUCAAUGCAUUCUGCUGCCCGUCAGCACAGACUGGCACACGGCAUUGAAAAGGAGUCAUGCAGAAUACUUUCCAGUGGUCUAA